UCAUUAACUCGUAACAGUUUAUCAUGUUUCUAUGAAAUGUUCCAAUCGUUUACGUACCUAGUCACCUAUAUAUUAUAUUAGGUACGUUCAAGCAUCAAACACGCUAGCAGCAGACAGUGUAUUUUGUUGUACUGUGGACCAGUAUGGUAAUUUUAUUUGCAAGAGCUAAUGUUUUCCCAACCAUUAUCAAUUGUUUAUUAAAGAAAAAACUAUCGACAUCAGUUAACAUGACCUCAAAAAUAAUGGACAAAUUUAAGUUACCAUCUCGCCAUGAACCAGGUGUAUACAAUGUAUGGAUUGAAUUUAGUCAAUUAGCUGUAACUACAAAAUGUUUGAAUUUGGGACAAGGAUUUCCAGAUUAUGACCCACCAUCAACUUUUUCAAAUUUCUUAUCUGAAGUAGCUACAGAAAAGAAUUCAUAUUUCAAUCAAUACACACGUGGAUUUGGACAUUUACGUUUAGUUAGAGCUUUAUCUAACUUAUAUUCACAAUUAAUUAAUCGAAAAAUUGAUCCCGUAAAUGAGAUAUUGGUGACCGUUGGAGCGUAUGAAGCGCUUUAUUGUGCUAUACAGAGUAAUAUAGAGAAGGGCGAUGAAGCAAUUAUCAUUGAACCAUUUUAUGACUGUUAUGAACCCAUAAUACGUACUGCUGGAGGCACUCCUAGAUUUAUACCGUUGAGAAACACCAGGCCGAAUGCAUCGUUGCCGAAAGCAAACGAUUGGAAGCUUGACCCCGAAGAACUAGAAUCAUUAUUCAACUCCAAAACCAAACUCAUCAUCAUUAAUACACCACAUAAUCCACUGGGAAAAGUAUUUGAUUACGAUGAAUUAACAAUGAUUGCAAAUUUGGCCAAAAAACAUAAUGUACUAGUUAUUUCCGAUGAGGUAUAUGAGUGGUUGGUGUACGAACCAGCUAAGCACAUAAGAAUGGCCACACUCCCUGGUAUGUGGGAAAGAACAAUUACGAUUGGAUCUGCUGGCAAAACAUUUAGUAUGACUGGUUGGAAACUUGGAUGGGCAUAUGGUCCGACUAAUUUUAUAAAAAAUAUGUGUGUUGUUCACCAGACUGCAAUUUAUACAUGUGCAACAACAGUCCAGGAAGCUACUGCAAGAGGAUUUGAACAUGAGAUCAAUGCUCUAAAUACGCCACAGAGUUAUUUUCAAAACUUGUCAAAAGAGUUGAAACCAAAAAUGGAAUAUUUAUUUAAAAUAUUACAAGACAAUGGCCUAAAACCAAUUAUGCCUGAUGGAGGGUAUUUUAUGAUUUCAAACUGGACAAACUUUGAAAAUAAAUUAGAUUUAACUUCAGAAACUGAUAAAUACAAGGACUUCAGGUUUGUAAAGUGGCUCUCUAAAAAUGUUAAACUUCAAGGAAUACCAUUCUCAGCAUUUUACUCGGAACCACACAAAAAUAUGGCUGAAAAUUAUUUGCGAUUUUGUUUUUUUAAGAAAGAUGAAACUCUGAAGAAAGCAGAAGAAAUUUUAACAACAUGGACGCACAAUUUAUCAAAACAAAAAUCUAAACUUUAAAAUACUUUGUAAAAAUUAUAAUAAAAAAAAGAUUAAUCAUAAAUAUUA